UCUCGAUUAGUCGUGAUUUAUUAGUAGUAAAGUUCAGUGUUAGUUUCUCAAAAUGACUGGCAGAGGAAAAGGUGGUAAAGGUUUGGGAAAAGGUGGCGCUAAACGUCACAGAAAAGUUUUGCGUGAUAACAUCCAGGGAAUAACGAAGCCCGCCAUUAGAAGAUUGGCUCGACGAGGUGGAGUAAAACGUAUCUCUGGUCUUAUCUAUGAAGAAACCCGAGGUGUACUUAAGGUUUUCCUCGAAAACGUGAUCAGGGAUGCUGUAACCUACACUGAACACGCUAAAAGGAAGACAGUUACUGCUAUGGACGUCGUAUACGCAUUAAAACGCCAAGGCCGUACAUUGUACGGAUUUGGAGGUUAAUUUUUACCAUCGAUAAUACAACCGGUCCUUUUCAGGACCACAAAUAAUAAUUU